CCCACGCCAUCCUCUCAUUACCGCAUCCCAAAUGCUCAACAUGACCGAAGAACACGAGAAAACCCUGGAGCCGCCUUGCAGCCCCUCGGGUACUACCAGCUCCAUGUCGCACGUGGAGGACUCAGACUCAGACACUCCACUCUCCCCGGCCGGCUCUGAGGGCCUGGGCUGCUCAUCUGGGACCGGUCCUCGACAGACUGGUGGGGGCGCGGCGUUGGGCUCCAAGGUGGACCCGGGCGAAGUGGACGAUCGCUUCCCUGCGUGCAUCCGAGACGCCGUCUCGCAGGUGCUCAAGGGCUACGACUGGAGUCUGGUGCCCAUGCCUGUGCGGGGCAAUGGCUCGCUCAAAGCCAAGCCUCACGUCAAGCGGCCCAUGAACGCCUUCAUGGUGUGGGCGCAGGCUGCGCGCAGGAAGCUGGCUGACCAGUACCCGCAUCUGCACAACGCCGAGCUCAGCAAGACCCUGGGAAAACUGUGGCGCUUAUUGAGUGAAAAUGAGAAGCGUCCUUUUGUAGAGGAAGCUGAGAGACUGAGGGUCCAGCAUAAGAAGGAUCACCCGGAUUAUAAGUACCAACCUCGGAGAAGGAAAAGCGUAAAAACUGGCCAGAGUGACUCUGAUUCAGGAGCUGAGCUAGGCCACCAUCCAGGGAAUCCCAUGUAUAAGACUGAUUCAGGCUUGGGAGGCCUGGGAGAUUCCCACCAUCAUAAUGAUCACACAGGGCAGGCACACGGACCACCUACUCCACCCACCACCCCUAAAACUGACCUACAUCAUGGCAACAAGCAAGAGCUGAAACACGAAGGGCGCCGCCUAGUGGACAGCGGCCGCCAGAACAUUGACUUCAGCAAUGUGGACAUCUCGGAGCUGAGCAGCGAAGUGAUCAAUAACAUGGAGACCUUCGAUGUCCACGAAUUUGAUCAGUACCUGCCCCUCAACGGCCACUCCGCCAUCCCCGCCGACCCUGGGCAGAACUCGACAGCCGGCUCCUACGGGGCUUCCUAUUCCCAUUCGGCACCUGGGAGCGGGGGACCCCAAGUCUGGACUCACAAGAGCCCUUCCUCAGCUUCUUCAUCAUCCCCCAACGAGCCAGGCCAGCAGCGGCCACACAUUAAAACCGAGCAGCUGAGCCCUAGCCACUACAGCGACCAGUCCCACGGCUCCCCAACGCACUCCGACUACGGGUCCUACAGUGCCCAAGCCUGCGUGACCACAGCGUCCACAGCCACCGCGGCCAGCUCCUUCUCCAGCUCUCAGUGCGAUUACACUGAUCUUCAGAGCUCCAACUAUUACAAUCCCUACUCUGGCUACCCCUCUAGCAUUUACCAGUACCCCUACUUCCAUUCCUCCCGCCGGCCCUACGCUACCCCCAUCCUCAAUGGCUUAUCCAUUCCCCCUGCCCAUAGCCCCACCAGUAACUGGGACCAGCCUGUCUAUACGACCCUGACAAGGCCUUAGAGGAAAUACCAUCAGGAGAAUGGAAAGAGGGAACUUUACAGAGGAAAAAUGAAAAAACAAAACAAAACAAAAAACAAAGAAAUCCCAGACAAAAAAAGGAAAAAGAAAUCUUUGAGGUCUUCCAAACUAUAUGCACUAUUGAAGGAAAGAAGUAAGAGGAAUUCCAUGCCAGUUUUUGAAGUGCCUGCUGAAAUCUGCGGGGAACACUAACUUUUUUUUUUCAAUGCAUGUCCCUUUGCUUCUAAAUCUCUUAAGCAUCUUUAAAUGGACAGAGUUCUAUUUUCUUGUUUUUUUUUUUAGAUGACUGAUAAUUCCUUUUAAAUAAAUGAAGGCCAACCAUUUGACUCCUCUGUGAGGACUGAAGGGAACAUGUUAGUUUUGCCUUGCAGUGAGUGCAAAAUCAGAAGGAAGUGGUACAAGACUUUAAGGGUCUACUGCAAUUGGAGGUACGGACCAACCUUGAGGACAAGAACUUAUUGGGACCAAUGAAAAAAAAUUCCAAUUCCAUUUUUUUUUAACAGUCUUGUGGAAAUCCCUAGAAGCAGCUCUGGGGACCAACCAUCUCAGUGUCGGGGGUGUUUGCUUUAGUCAGAGUUCUUCUAAACAAGGUUUGGCUGUAAUUAACAUUUUUUGGGGGGAGCUUAAAAGUGUUUGAUUUUUUGAAAUCUGUUAAAUAUGUAUUUAUGUUCUGUAUUAUUUUGUCUUUAAUUAAUGAAGUAAUUUGUGCAAAAAAAAAGUAGAAUUAAAAAAAAUUAAAGACCGGAGACUUAAAUAGUGGCGAUGGGACAAUAAAACGGUGUUAUGAGUCUAUUUUAACCACUGCAGCAGUAGUGUCAAAGGGAGUGGAGUGAAGUCCAGAUUGUGUACAAGUCAUAGAAGUAGAAUUGACAUCUGGUUGGGAGUCAGCAAGGGAACGGGAGUGGUGUGGGGAGGAAGUUCACUCAGAUGGCUGCAAAAAUGACUAAUUAAAUUCAGUAGUACGUGGAGGGGACAGGUCAAGAAAAGGGUAUUGCUUUUGGGAAGGGUCCUUUGUUUUAAUUUGGUCAUGAUGCCACUCACUUUUCAAAGUGUUUAACAAGAUUGGAAGGCAAAGACAUCUCUGGAUUUGGUAGAUUUAAGUACUGCAGCAUGUGGCUAGAAAUGGGGAAUUUAAUGAGCAGUUCUCCCACGAGGGCUGGAGAUACACUUUAAUUUGGGCUUUUAGGGACCAGAUGUCACCUGUCGAACUGUGAAACUAAAACCUUCUCCACUAAAUUUUUGUAGGUACUUAGUUUUAGACUAAUAUUUUGUUGAUAUGCUUCUAUUUCUUCCAUUGUAUGCUGAGCAUAUAAUAACCACCUACUUUAUGGUAAUGUGUGCCUUUAAAACUUUGUAAAUCUAAAUACAUUUGAGAGGUUAUCUUCUUUUUACUUUUUCUACUUUUCCUACCUUUUUCUAAGAUUAUUUUUUUGCCUAUUUCCUUCUGGGGGGAAAAUGAUCGCAAACUCAUUUUUAUGCAAUCUAUUUUUCUGUGUAAAGUUUGGAAAGACAUUAGCUGUUACUUACCUGCUCUGUUUCACUAGUUUCUGACCAAGCAAUGCUAAC